AUGAAUCCUCAAGUUGCUCGACAUUAUCCUUCACAGCAGUUAGGCGCCAUGCCGGGAUAUGGAAAUCCUUCAUUCGAACCUUUCCCUCAGACUGGAAGAGCAGAUCGACCUGCGCCGCUACCAUAUCGAAGCUCUAGAAAUCUCAGCUCCUCGUCCAAUCUCGCCCCUCCCCAUCGCGCAUACCCAGUCGAUAGCAAUGAAUAUCAGAAGCCUGUGUUGGUCGGUCGCAGUAUAUCAGAUCAAGACUUUGGUGAUCAGCAUAUGCUGAGGCGGAAAACACCAAAUGGUACACUAGCCGCGGGGUAUGAUGGAACUCCUGUGCAGUGGUCUAGCAAGGCACCUGCUUUGAAGCACGUUGUACUUGAUGCCUCGGGAGGUUCAAAUUUUUCAGAUGGGUCGAAUGGUAUGGCAGGUACUGGUUGGAACUUCAAUGCGCCCAAUAAUUUCAAUAAUCUUGAUCAGCGAGUAAAUAAUUCAUCGCCGCAGAAUUGGACAACGUUUACCCCUCUUCAAAAUAAUUUUUAUAGUUCCCCGGGUCAUGUAUCACCUAUGCACCAAGUCCCCUCAUACUUCUCGUCAAAUGGAUUCUCAGUUCCAACUGCACGACAGCCAGCGUACCAGCCUGGCCCUGGGCCUACUGCUUCAAAUGAUGGGGGCUUAUACGGACCGUAUUGGCCAGAUGGAAGUUACACUCCGUAUCGACCUGCUGCUUAUAGAGAUCACAUUUUCGGAGGAUAUGAUUUCCAGCAAGUAAACCAUGGAUUGGAAUAUUAUGGAGGGCCGCAACUUUUACGCCAAUCCGAAUUCAACAACAUUAACCCACCAUUGCAAAGGGACGCAUCAUUUAUGCGGAUGGAUGAUCAUUCUCAGUCAUAUGAUUCUAUGCAACAAAACUUGUAUCAAAUUGGUGGGAGCAGCAGUGCAGUUUUCACUGAUGCUUCGUGCCCUCCGAUUCAACCGCUGAGCAGGGCUGGCAAUGCUCAAUUCAAGGAAAAGACACUCUCAUGGGCGCAUACUAUCUAUGUAGAUCUGUUAGCUUAUUUACAUCAAACGAAAAAGGAGAAUCGACAAAAUCGACUAUCAAAUGGCUCCAAACCUUAUGCCAAAAGUGUUAUUUAUCCAAAACCACCGAGGCAGCCGAGCUCAAAUUUUUCUUCCCCGGGAAACACUCAAAACGAUACAUCUUCAAGGGCUCAUCGUCCGAGUCUCAGCCACCGUGCUUCUUAUGGCUUCCCGGAAUCGUCGGAGGGGAGAUACUCGCGGUCUAUGAAUCCAGUGACAGGGGUCCCACAUUAUGUGCCUUCUUUCGAACCCUCGCAGCACAGCUCAGCACCCCCCCCAGCUAAUGCCCAGGACGCACUGGAUCUUCUCACAAGUCUUUGCGAGGAAAGCAAUUGGACCUGGGUUGAUGGGAUGUUACUGGGAGGAUGUCUUGCAUAUGGAUUAGAGGAUUACAAUAGAGCGCGGGACUGGUAUGAGAAAAUAAUCGCUAUAGAUCCAAGGCAUGUGGAGGCAAUUUCAAAUCUGGCAGCUACACUUUUGUGCUUGCAGAGACGUGGUGAGGCAGAGGCAAAUUGGCGAAAAUCUGUCAACCUUCGACCAAAUUACUUCGAGGCUGUUGAGCAUCUGAUCGGUCUUCUCUGUGGUGAUCACCGAGGCAAGGAAGCAGUUGCUAUCAUUGAGUUUGUGGAACGCUCUUUACGGAUUCCAAAAACCGAUGAUCACCAUGAUCAUUAUAGCGAGACAUCGAGUAACGCCGAUCGAGAAUUUCAUGAUUUCGCAAGGGCAACAUCUGAUACGAUUGGAGACUACGAUGAUAGGGACCCUCCUUCGAUACUCAGUGAUAGGCUUGAAGAUGGUCCUGACCGGAUCGGUUUUGGUUCAAGUGGCUUCGCAAUACCCGGGUCGGAGAAUGGCCGAAUUUUGGCUCUUAUACAUGCUAAAGGCAAUAUGUUGUACGCUCUUGGUGAUGUUAGUGCGGCAUCUAAAGCAUUUGAGGAUGCCGUUGUCAUAAGUGCAGGCAAAGGGGUAGGCGGAAUACAAGGACUUAUUCGCAGGAUAAUCCAUAGCUUGUCCCUGAAUUGUUUCCCGGGAAUGCGCACUGAGCACGCCUCUCUCCACACUUCGACGCCGGCUUCGUUGCCCUUGCUCUUACCUCCCGAUAAAGCUUUAGAGUCGAAGAAUUUGGUAUUUGCUAGGAACGGCGAGCUUCCUGGUCUUCAAUAUGUUCCUCACGGUUUGGCUCAAAAGGCUGCCAUAUCUACUACCAGUAAUUCUCUUUUAUCCUUGGCCAAAAUCUUUCAAGAUGGCAUGUCUAACAGUACACCUCAACGAAUUCCCAGGAUGCCUACGGGUGUUGGAGAUAUCCUCGCAUUGUAUUAUCUAUCUUUGUCCCUGCAACCUAGCCCAUCAACAGCCAAUAACGUUGGUAUUCUCCUUGCAAGCGUACAACAGCCGGCUGCUCAUCGUCCCAUCCCGUCUCGAGAUCCCACGACUCUUACUGCCAUACCUGGAGUCGUUGCCGGCAGUGGUGUUGCUCUGGCACUUGCUUACUAUAAUUAUGGACUGCUUUUGGAUUCAAGACACGCACAUCUUUACACCAAUUUAGGGAGUCUACUCAAGGACAUCGGCCAACUUCCUGCUGCGAUAAAAAUGUACGAGAAAGCAGUACAAUGCGAUGGGACUUUUGACAUUGCUUUGGCAAAUUUAGCAAACGCCGUCAAAGACCAAGGACGUACAAGUGAUGCAAUUGAGUUCUACAAAAGAGCAGUGAAGGCAAGUCCGGAUUUUGCGGAAGCAGUUUGCGGUCUCUCCAAUGCUUUAAAUUCAGUCUGUGAUUGGAAAGGACGAGGAGGGGUUAUACUUGAUGGUGGUAAACGAGAUCAAUGGCAUGUUGACGAUGACGGAAUGAUAUCAGAAGCAAACCCAAACAAACAUGGCGGAGGACUGAUGAAACGAGUUGUUGAUAUUGUUGCCAAGCAAUUGAGGGAAGGAUCGACUUGGGGUCGAGGAACUUUACAAGGUCAAUCGCUUGUCCAUUUCCUGCGGCAGCUUGAGGCUGCUGAUUGUGGUGGUGAGUGGCCCCACGAGAAAAGAAACAGUAUUCAGACUGCCGUUGGCGCUUGGGCUGGACAUCGCUGGGAGGGGGCACGAAUUGUACGCUUGGUGGAACGUGCCGCAAAACGGGCCACGCACCGAUGGUAUCAUGACAGACAUGUCAAGAAAAAGGAACAUCCUGCCAGCUUUUAUCCUCGCCCUCGAUUCCCAAGCAACCUACCAGUACCCUCAGCACCUACCGUCUUACCGUUUCACACUUUCACCUGCCCAUUAUCUGCAAAAGACAUACGUCUAAUCUCUCAACGAAACGCCCUUAGGAUCUCAUAUUCUACUUUGCGAUCUCCUUGGAUGCUGGGCUCCGUAUUUCAACCCCCUUCUCCCCCGAGACCUCAUCUCAACAUUGGAUAUGUUUCUUCUGAUUUUAAUAAUCAUCCCUUGGCACAUCUGAUGCAAUCCGUCUUUGGAUUUCACAAUCCUUCGCGAGCAAAAGCGUUCUGUUAUGCGACGACUGCUAGUGAUCACUCUAUUCAUAGAGAGCAAAUUGAACGUGAGGCUCCAGUCUUUCGUGAUGUCAGUUCAUGGCCUGCCGACCGCUUAGUGAACCAAAUCGUUCAGGAUAAUAUUCAUAUUCUCGUGAAUCUCAAUGGAUAUACUCGAGGUGCUCGUAAUGAAGUAUUUGCUGCUCGUCCAGCUCCUAUUCAGAUGUCCUUUAUGGGCUUUGCUGGAACUCUAGGAGCCGAAUGGUGCGACUAUCUCUUGGCAGACGAGACCGCAAUUCCACCCGAGACACUACGUCCUUGGAGACGAAAUCUGGACCUAGAAGAUCAAGUAGAGGAUGAAUUGUCUAUCAGUGAGGAUCGUUGGGUAUAUUCGGAGAAUAUUAUAUUCUGUCGGGAUACAUUCUUCUGUUGUGAUCAUGCUCAAUCGGAACCAAGAGAUCGACAAGUAUCAUGGGAAGUAGAGCAGACUACUCGAUGGCAGAUGAGAAAGCAACUCUUUCCAAGUUUGUCUGAUGAUGCUAUCAUCCUUGGGAACUUCAAUCAACUUUACAAGAUUGAACCGACUACUUUCCGUACUUGGCUAAGAAUCCUGGACAAAGUUCCAAAAGCGAUUCUUUGGCUUUUGCGCUUUCCUGAUCUCGGCGAAAGUAACCUAAAAGCCACAGCACGAGAUUGGGCAGGAGAAGGUGUUGCAUCACGAAUCUGGUUUACAGAUGUAGCUCCCAAACAUCAACAUAUUUCCCGCGCACGAGUUUGCGAUCUCUUUCUCGAUACCCCAGAAUGUAACGCCCAUACAACAGCUGCAGACGUCCUCUGGUCCAGCACCCCAUUACUGACCCUCCCACGCUAUAAAUACAAAAUGUGUUCACGCAUGGCAGCAUCGAUUCUGAAAGGUGCCCUCCCCCGAAGCGAAGAGGGCAACAGAGCUGCCGCGGAACUUAUCGCAAGGGAUGAGGAACAGUAUGAAGAAUUCGCAAUAAGACUGGCACGAAACUUUUAUUAUGAUACAAAUAAGGGAUAUGGUAUUGGCAGGGGAAGAUUGGGUGAUCUUAGGAGAUUGCUGUAUGAAAGUCGUUAUGAUUGUGCACUUUUUGAUACGAGGAGGUGGGUGAGGGAUUUGGAGGGUGCGUACGAGGUUGCUUGGAGGAAAUGGGUGGAGGGGGAAGGGGGAGAUAUUUAUAUUCGUUAG